AUGGAGAUCGAGGGCAAUCUCCGCCGUUUCCUCGUCUUCCUCCUCGAGAUGUGGGUCGCGGCCACCCUCGUCGUGCUCCUGCUGUGUGUGCUCGCCGGCACAGGGAGAUCGCCGGAGAUUCCGCCGGCGGCGGCGGCCUGCAACUGCACUCAGAUUGGAACGGCUCCUUCUCCCGUAUCGGACGAAGUUGCUGCUGCCAGCCGUAAUUCCAACGAGUCAAACUUCGCAGAUUUAGCUCAGCUUCUUCCCAAGGUGGCAACCGAAGACCGGACGGUGAUCAUCACGUCGGUGAACGAGGCGUUCGCGCGGCCCGGCUCCCUGCUCGACCUCUUCCGCGAGAGCUUCCUCGCCGGCGACAGGAUCGCCCGCCUCCUCGACCACGUCCUCGUCGUCGCCGUCGACCCCGCCGCGUUCGACCACUGCAAGGCCGCGCACCCUCACUGCUACCACCUCGAGGUGAACUCCAUGGACCUCAGGUCGGCCAACAACUUCAUGAGCAAGGCCUACGUCGAGCUCGUCUGGACCAAGCUCUCCCUCCAGCAGCGCGUGCUCGAGCUCGGCUACAACUUCCUCUUCACGGACGUGGAUAUCUUGUGGUUCCGCGACCCGUUCCGGCACAUCGGCGUGUUCGCCGACAUGACGACGUCGUGCGACGUGUUCAACGGCAACGGCGACGACCUCGACCGCAACUGGCCCAACACCGGGUUCUACUACGUGAAGUCGACGAACCGGACGGUGGAGAUGCUGCGGCGGUGGCGGGCGGCGCGGGCGAGGUACCCGCCGAACCACGAGCAGAACAUCUUCAACUACAUCAAGCACGAGCUCGCCGGCGGCCUCGGCGUGCGCGUCCGCUUCCUCGACACCGCCGUCUUCGGCGGCUUCUGCCAGCUCUUCCGCAACGACAUGCGCCGGGCGUGCACCAUGCACGCCAACUGCUGCGUCGGCCUCGGCAACAAGCUCCAUGACCUGAGGAGCGCGCUCGACCAGUGGAAGAACUACACGAGCGCGGUGACGCCGGAGGAGAAGAAGAAGAACGGCUUCGGGUGGCGCGUUCCGGCCAAGUGCGGGACGCCGGACAAAAAGCAAUGAUACCCGGCGGUGGUGCGAGCGAGCUGAUCGGAGAGGAAAUGACAUCAUGUAUACGGCAAUG